AUGGAGGAGGAAAACUCAGAGAAGGUGGCCCCACGGAAGCCGCUCAGAUUUGAAAAAGGGCGCAUCUACACAUUCAUUGGAGAAGUUGUUGUCUCUGUGAAUCCUUACAAGUCUUUGAACAUCUAUGGGAGAGACACAAUCGAGCAGUAUAAAGGACGUGAGCUGUAUGAGAGACCUCCUCAUCUUUUUGCAAUUGCUGAUGCUGCUUACAAAGCUAUGAAGAGGCGCUCAAAAGACACUUGUAUUGUGAUAUCAGGGGAGAGUGGUGCGGGUAAGACGGAAGCCAGUAAGUACAUUAUGCAGUACAUCGCGGCCAUCACCAACCCCAGCCAGAGAGCCGAGGUGGAGAGAGUGAAGAAUAUGUUGCUUAAGUCCAACUGUGUCUUGGAAGCUUUCGGAAAUGCCAAAACCAACCGUAACGACAACUCAAGUAGGUUUGGAAAAUAUAUGGAUAUCAACUUUGAUUUCAAGGGGGAUCCUAUUGGUGGACAUAUCAAUAACUACUUAUUGGAGAAGUCUCGAGUGAUUGUGCAACAGCCAGGAGAAAGAAGCUUUCAUUCUUUUUAUCAGCUACUUCAGGGAGGUUCAGAGCAGAUGCUAUGCUCUCUACAUCUCCAGAAAUCCCUGUCAUCCUACAACUAUAUCCAUGUAGGCGCUCAAUUAAAGUCUUCUAUCAACGACGCUGCAGAAUUCAAAGUAGUAGCUGAUGCCAUGAAAGUAAUUGGUUUCAAACCUGAGGAGACUCAAACGGUGUAUAAGAUUCUGGCAGCCAUUCUUCACUUGGGAAAUUUAAAAUUUGUGGUGGAUGGUGACACGCCUCUCAUUGAAAAUGGCAAGGUCGUAUCUAUCAUAGCAGAAUUGCUCUCCACCAAGACGGACGUGGUCGAGAAGGCCCUUCUCUACCGGACGGUGGCCACAGGGCGCGACAUCAUCGACAAGCAGCACACGGAGCAGGAAGCUAGCUACGGCAGGGAUGCCCUUGCUAAG